AUGGUUCUGCUCCAGACAAGCCCUUGUGACUACUAUGAAUGCCAAAACGGAGCGCAGUGCAUUGUCGUGCACCAGGAACCCGUCUGUCGUUGCCUGGCUGGUUUUGCUGGCCAGAAGUGUGAGAAACUAAUUACUGUCAAUUUUGUUGGAAAGGAUUCCUACGUUGAACUUCCACAAGCCAAAAUCCACCCUCAAGCAAACAUCUCCCUUCAAGUAAGUCAACCCAGUUCUGUUCCCAUAUAAUGUGGCAAAGAACUUAUACAAAGGCCAGCACACACAUUACAUUCACUACCAGCGAAAACAGUCUUACUGUGAUAAGCCAUACCCACUUAAACCAUCAUUGGAAGGAACACCUGAUGACUUUAAAAGCUGAUUAAAUUAAUCUGCAUGCUUUCGCACGCUCCUGAUGCAGUUUAAGCAUCUUGGACUGGGAGAGAGCCAUAAUUUCUUUCCUCACUCAAUACGAUGGAUCAAAAAAAAAUGAAGAAGCAAUUUUGUUUAUUUUUUUGACAUUGCUCGACCCCUCUUCAUUCUCUCUGGUUUUGCUUGCAUAAAAAUGCAAAACGUGCCAUGAUCUAGGAGCCGAGGCACAUUCAGUCAUAUAGGCCACAUCUUGGGCUUCAUGUUGAAAACAGGUUUAUGACAAAAGUAGAUUUUGAAUGAUAAUAUAAAAGCCAGACUUGUUUACUACAUGGAUCUCUCACAGAUGGUGUUCUCAAAGCUUAUUUUGCAGUUAAAAUAUUGCUUCUCCAUCUGGUAGCUAAUGCCACACAAGUAAAAAAUUAGCUUUAAUGAAGCAUCUCUUAAAACAGGAUUAAGGGGUGCUUCCAAAUAAAAAGAACUGAAAUAAAUAAAAAGUCACUUUCAACUUACCAGUCUGAGCAAAUACUUUGAUUAUUAUUUUUUUUAAGUGAAUAUUUCAGUUUCAAAUAAUGCCAUUUGUCUUGCAAUUUAAAAAUCACUCUGGCACAUUUACUGCAGAAAUAAUUGGAACUAGUACUUGUUUCUGAGAACCUUAAAGGCCUUUUUAAAAGCAUGUCGCUACAUAAGAAGGUUGGGAGAAGACUUGUAUAGAUAAAACUUCGGGAGCAGUGGCUAAAUGCCUGAAAACUUGUGUGGAACUAAACUAAUCACAAUACAGGGAAAGUUGAAAUAAUGCAGGGGGGAGGCUGCAGAAGCUAGUCAUGCCAACUGCCGCUGCUACCUGCAGUGAAAGUGUUUUCAGUAGAAACACUUCCCUGUUAUCUGAAUGCAUGGGCAACAUACUAGAAGACUCCUAAAGCAUCUCCACAUGAGAGGAGACCUUGCCAAAUCCCUGCUAAAUAUGACAUUUGGAAUUCCUCCCCCACUCACACAAGCAUUCAACAAGCAUUCGUCAGUAUGUGCAUACAACCGCUUUACACAACUGCUGAAUGCAUGGACGGUGGUUUAGUCUUAAUUCUGAAAUGGUCCCUUGUAUAUCAGCUGUUACUACUGAAGGAUGCAGACAGGAGACUUGGCGUGGUGUAGCCUACCACUUGACUUGCCUGACCUGGUAGGGCACUGCACCAUUUUCUGAAGUCAUUGUAAGUGGUUUACUUAUUUUAAAGCCUUCAGUUCAUGGCUGCAGUCAGCAGUUGAAUAAUAUUUUUAGAAGUUUGUUGUAUUACAUUCUGUCAUUUUAUUUCUCAAGCACCUUGAGCUAUGUGAGAUUUUGGGUAAAAAGUUAUCAAAAAAGUAAAAAAAAAUGAGAGAAGAUGUAUGCCAUUAUGAGUGCUUCUUAAGCAGAAAGAAUUAACUAUAAAUUAUAUAAACAAGUAAACUCAGGAUUUCCUUGGAUGGACGAUAUAGAAAUUUAAUAAAUUUAGUACUUGGCUGCAAUGUAAUUUAAAGUUUCAUAUGUUCAAAAGCUUCCCUCUUCAAAACUGACCUGAGGGAUGUUUGACAUGAGUAAUUCUUAGUGUACAUUUUACCUGGUUGUGUUUCUGGUGGUACAGAAACUGUAUGUAUCCUGUUUAUUAACUUUCAGUGAACAUUUGUCCUAGCAAAGCUCCUUUUAUAGAAUAAGCACAGUAACUGUGAUCUGAUUCCUAAUGCCCACUGCACACAGAGAUGCUUACUGAAAUAUCUAGAGAUGCCACACUUAAAAUGGUACAUGCGAAGGAAAGAGGAUUUUCAAUCAUUUUGAGUUUAGGUUUUGGUUGUAAAACUUGGGUUGUAAAAUGGUUUUUUACUUCAAAGGCUCUCCAGCACAGGGGGGCAAAAGUUCACAGUAAAGUUAAAAGCACAAAUGGAUGUUUUGUUCAAGAAGUUGCUCAUAGGAAGUUUAAAAGGGGAUGUUUUGAUCAGGAUAUUUUGCAUACAAGGGCCUAAGGUUCAGCCUAGGAAGCAGACAAUUAAGGGGAAAUAAAACUUUACCAGAAAGCUACUCUCCUUCUGAUUGGUAAAAGUUUGGAAAGGCAAAGGAAAUAGGGUAGUUAGAAAGCUGUGGAAUCAGAGAUUUGAAGAGUUGGAGUUGACAAAGCUGUAAGAGAUGGAGGGAACUGAAACACUGGAAAGUAUAAGAGCAUAGUUGGGCACUGCAACAGGAGGAAUGUGGAAGAGACCACAAAGAGACCCGGAAGUUGAACAGAGGGAUGCCAGAAUUGCUGAAUACUGGCUUGGUUAGGGGGAAAGUCUAGAAUAGGUAUAGAAUGCAUUUAUCUCUAUUUAUGUAUCACUUUCUUGCCUUACUAAAGGUUCCUAAAACCUUAAGUAAAAGCAUAUAGUAAUUUGUGGGAGGAGGGGGCAGAAUUAGUCUGAGGACCUGUUAUUUAUGCCAUGCCUAAUUGCUUUAUCACUCUCUGCAGAGGAGGGAGUAGGUUAGGCCCGAUAAAAUCUGAAAGGCUAACAGGCUGUUCAGUGAAAGCAGCCAGAGAAAAAUCAAGAUAUGCACUGGGUGGCAGUAGUGAGAAGAUAAAGGAUUGUUGUGUUGGCUGGUCUGCUUGCCACCUUUCCUUUUAAUGGUGCAGGCUACAACCAGUGGCAUCACACUGUAAAAAAAAGAAAGUAACCAUUUUCUUUACCAAAGAACACAGUGCAAUGGCUUUGAGAUAAAUGUUUUGGUAUUUACUAACUAUACAUGAAGUAAUAGUUGUAGUGACAAUACAUAAAUAUUAUGUAUAUGCCUUUGCUUUUUAUAUAUAUAUUGCCAUUAAUCACUUUUACUUUGACAUUUAAAGGUAGCAACAGAUAAAGACAAUGGCAUCUUAUUAUACAAAGGAGACAACGAUCCCCUGGCUUUAGAGUUGUAUCAAGGUCACGUGAGACUUAUCUAUGACACGCUGAGUGCCCCACCCACAACUAUAUACAGGUAAGUACACUGGCUACAGAAUUAGAAAAUGAAGGUUUCCUUUUAAAAGUAAAAUUGCAUUCUCUCUCUCUCUCUGCUUACAAUUUCACAUUUUCCUUAUCAGGCUAUAAGAAAAGAUGCUGUUGGGAAUUAAAAAACAAAAAACAAACCAAAAAACCAGUAUAUUUACAGACCCACACUUCAUUACUGUAUGGACUUCCUCCUAUAAGUUUUUAUCUAUCCAAACAAUCUAUUCUAAUCCUCAUUCUGACACCACACAUAUAGAAUAGGUCACAACCUGAUUGCCUUCAGUUGAAUCACAAUUGGGCCAGAAGGUAUUUUGAAACUGGAAGAAAUUAUGAAGUUUCAACCAUGAACCACCUAGACCAGUCCCUUCAUGUGAGUUAAAGCCAAUUACCCAGAGGUAAUUGUUAAUGAAUAAAGCACCCAGCAUUGUCACAGUUCAGCUGUUGCUACUGUCACAGAGAACACACACGGUGCAAAAAGAAGCUUACAGACAAAACAGCAAUAGAUGCCUUGCACAAGGAAAGCAAACCAUGUAUGGAUUGAAAGCAGGGGAAAUUUAGCCAGUCUGACCUGGAAAGGGCAGAGGGGGGAAAUGCUUUUCUGGCUGCACAAAUACCAAGAGCACAUCCUUACUUUGCACAACCAUUGUGUUUGUCCCAAGUGCAAAAAUAUUUCACACAAUAAGCGUGGAAAGUGUGGAUGAUACGCAUGUGUAAUAUGCUUGGUAGAAUUAAACCCAGUUAGGGCUCCUGGGUGUGUAUGAGUGUUUAAUGCUUCAUGUCUAUUCUUCACACAUUGUUUGUUCUCAGCACAUAACCUCCUUUCUCUAAUUCUGAGAGUUUCUAGUGCCCCAGAGGAUCCAAAUAUGGUAUCUUUCUGUUUUAAAGAAAUCCUAUCACCCUGCAUAGUAAACAUAAAAAAGACCAAUUUGAUGUACAGAGGAACAGGAAACUGCUUACAGAGGCUUCAGUGCUUUGUGUGAAUUUUUUAACACUCCGGAAACAAGACAGGAUGGGUAAUUAGCUCAGUUUGGUGCCGUCUGCUCUUUUUAGGGGACUGUGUUGUAUGCAACAGAGUGGAAGCAAGCUCAGUAGGCUUCCUUCUUUGCUAGCGGUGUAUCGACUAAUUAGGCAGUGCAUUGGCCUCAGCUAGCUCUGUACUGGAACAGAAAGGCUAAUCAUUAGGUCUGAGCUAGCCUGUCUACCCAUCGGAAGGGGUUUUGUUGGUUACUUUCACCAGUGAUUAUAGUCUGGUGGGAUAGCCAUGAAAACAGACUCUUUAUUCUGUAGCUAAUCCUAAUUAAUUCCAUGUUAUAGCAAAAGCAGAGUUGUUACAGCAGUUUUAUGCCACUAAUUAGACCAUAGGGGAAGGCUCAUUAGUUGCAGACAACACAUGAGGUGGCAGAUCAGAGCGGGUGCCUGCUCCCUAUUGUUGAUAGCAGAAUGCUGUAGUGACAAGGGGCUGCUUCUGAUAUCUCAGCAUUUCAUGGAUCCUCUCCUUCCCGGCAAAGUUACCCGUGGCGUGAAGCAUCAGUGUCCUCAUUAUUCCCGUGCCCUUCAUAUUGAUCAAGGAGGAGGUCUCCAUUCAGAAUGACACCUCAUUACCAUAAGAUUAAUGGCCUGCUCGCUGGCUGUGUUUUGCACUGUGUGAUCUGUUGAGAUGGUGAAAGCUGCUGCUUAAUGUGAUGCCCUUUCUGAAAUGUCACUCUAAUCUUUUAUUAGUUUAAGGAGUAUAGCAGAAUGGGGAUUAGCAUCAAGCUCGAUAGGAAAAGAUUGGGCUGAGGGAGAAAAAGCUACAGCUGAAGAAUGUCAAAAGGCAGGGGAAGGUGGGAGGAGCUUCUAAGUGAAUUAGAUUCCCACCCCCACUCACGGAGGGGGGUCCAGAAGGGGAAAUUUCCGGCUCCUUGUGCUUCCUAUUAUGCAAAUGGCCAUGUUUUCCGAGAAGUAGAUCUUGGGUUCUAUUUUUAAAAAAUGUGUAUUGUUGUGACUCUGCUGAUAGGACACACCUCUACAAUUCUAUUAUUCUGUGGCUUCAAAAACUGGGGAGAUCCUGCCUGUGCUGUGCCAUCCCACCAGUGACGGGAUCUUUGUGUGUCAUGAGGCAGAAGGCGCAGGCAAUACUCUGUUCAUUUAAGGUGUACAGUUAUUGAAUGUGCAUGCAAGUCAGCAGUAUCACCCACAGCACAAUAUCAAGCCAAUCCAGACUACAAUUGUGCCACAGUAAGAGAGAAGGAAAAUCUGUACACAAAGCAGAUAUCCCAAGAAGUUAAGCCAAGACCCUAAGCAUAUAUCACUGAUGAUAAGAUAUUUUACAAUAAAGAAAUUAAGUAUGCAGAAGAUUUUCUAGAAAAUUAUUUACCUAUUUUAAAGUUGAGAGAGCAUAAUACCAGAGUGGGGGAUGGGGAAAGUAGCACACAUUGGCCAUGUUUGGAUCCAGUGCUACAUCAGGGCUUCCUUCUUUGUGAACAAGCUGCAGGAAGUCAUGCUAUCCCCUGCCAGCCACCCAAACUCCCACACAGGCAAGAGUAGGACUUUAACAGUGUUUACUUUCAAUUUAAAAAAAAAUAUAUUCUUUAUUGAAAUAUAAAAAGUAAUGUGUAUAUAAUUUAGGGUUGCCAAAAACUUUAUUAUUUUGAAGAAAAGAAAAGAAAAGCAGCUCAACAAUUUUCCCAGUUUGUGUCCAGAUUUUCACUUUUUGAAAUAUGACAACCCUAAUAUAAUUGUAAGUUUCUCUGAGUCUCAGCUUGUUACUGCAUCUCAACUGGGGAUUGUAGUUUACACUAAUUAUGAUUGGUUUAAACAAGCCAGCUUCAUAAUGCAUGGUUUGAAGUUGGCUUGUGAAACUGAUCAAAGUUACUGAUAUAUCACUGUCCCUGCCUCAGGUGCAAGAACAAGCUGAGAUUCAGGGAUUCCCAGACAUGCAGCAGGAAGUAGGUAGGUUGUGAACGCAAGGCUCGCUAUGGCUUGUUCACAUAGCACUAAACCAUGGUUUAGUGCUGUAAAAGAAUCAAUUUAUUUUCUGCUUUGCCAGUUCUGUCCUUUCUUUUUGGUGCCUCUUGCUGAAAGGGAAAGGGCUUUUUAAAGAUGUGAGCAGAAUGGCAGCUCCUGUCCAGUCAGUGCCUUGCCUUGAAUUUGCUCCACCACCACCUACCCUCCAUCUUGGUAAAGCAGAGCCAUUUGGAAUUAGUUACUGCUCUAUGGGGGCAGAGAAGAACCUUCAUGCCAGCACAUUGGCACCAGCUACAAAGAGAACCUGAAUUUAAAAUGGAAAGGGGGGAAGUGAGAAAAUGUUUUUAUAACUUGCCCAAUGUGCACUGAUUUAAAAUAUGUUGUAGGGUUUGUGGAAGGUUCUUUUCAAGAUUGCUGUUGUUGUGAGAACUUCAUAAUAGGCCAUCACUGCUUAAACUUCUUUUAGCCAAUUUCCCCUCUCCAGAAAGAAACCAACCUCAGAACCUGAUUUAUGUCAUUGUUUACUUUAGAACAUAUUGAACAGGGUGCAGCUACAGUUCGUUAUUCUAGCACAUUUUUUUCAGUAUUGCUUCUUUCACUGUAGAAUAGAAACUGUCUGGCCUACAUAUUAGUCCCCACCAGUGGAACAUGCCAUACAUGGAAACUGCCUUUUAUAUGACCAGAUCACUUUCACAGCUGGAACUAGUGUUUUAACUGAGCUCCUUGGCACUGGGCAUUUAGGAUCAGUUUCAGAAAUCAAUAUUAGGGCCUUGGAACAAGUGUGCUCUCAACAUGCUUCAUUAGCUGGGGCUAGGUAUUUCUUUCUACUUUCAUAAACAGGUUGGCCAAGGAAAAGGGUAUCUUCAAAUAUUUGAUUCGUGCUUUUCCCUAGCCAGCAUCUAGGGCUAGAGGAGUGUGUCUUGAACCCAGCACCUCUGUAUCACAGAUACAAUUAUAUAGUUCAUCUUUGCUUAAUACCAGGAAGAACUAUGUUCAUUCAUAUAGCUCUGCUAUAUUCACAGCAGUUUGAUCUGAUGGUUUUCUACUUUAAGCAUACAGAGUGAUGUCAAAUGAGAAUGAAUUGUGAUCGUUCAGUAUGUGCACUAUGUGUUCAGCAGCUGCCUUGUAUAAUGUGCACAAUAGAAAGAAUCCAUCUUUGGAUUUUGCUGAUUCAUGUUUGCUCUGAAGCAAUGUGGAAUAUCUGAGAUUCUUUGGGGAUUCAUUUCAGAUUUCCUCAGCCUUAUAACUUGGAGUGGAAAUGUCAAAGUUUGCAUUAAUGUUUUCCUGGGCACUCAGCAUAAUGUCAGGUAGAAGUCAGUAAAUAUAUUUUAGUGGAGAUUACAUAAAGUAUAUUGCCAUUUAUCGCUAACUUUGAAAGAGAAGGAAAUUAACUAAAGAAAACAUUUCAAUUAAACCUGAGCUGUUUUAUCAGAAAAAAACAUCCUAGGGAUAUGGGGUAGUUGGUAGAAAUUUUUAAGCUAGGAUUUUUAAAACAUACAGAUAUUUUAUUACAAACAUUUUUAAAAGACACUGCCUGUGUUGAUAUUUUCCCAAUUUAUAUAUAAGGCUUUUUUUUAAAAAAAGGGUACUCUUAUGCCUUCAUUUAAAAAUAAAUAAAUUUGCAUUUGAAGACCAGAUUUUUUUCCUUAGCACUCUGCUUAUUGCUUUAUGUUUUGUAAGAAUUUUAGUUAGGAUAACAAUUGUGAUUCCAUCUGACAUUUGCAGCACAGAAUUUCAUAUUCAUUUAUUUUUCUCCACUAGACAGUUUUGUUCUGUACUGUAACUGGAAUGCUAAGCAUCUUAAAAUGGAACUUUACAGCCUAUAUCUUUUAGGAAAAUAUCCAUUGUCAAUUUAAAGUAAUGUAAUUCAGCUGACAAAUGACUCCAUUUACCAUUCCCCAUGAGAGUUUGUUUAUGGUAAGUAUUAAAAAGCUUUAGUGAUAGUUUUAAAUUUUCAGCCACUGCAUUUUCUGCAGUUAAAAUUAGAGCAGAAUGAUGCACUGUUCAACCAAGGUCAGAAGCAGGCUACUAAUCUGAUCAUUUUCACGUAACUGGUUUUCCUACUAUAUGCAGAGGAGACUGUUGCAUGGAACAGGGCUAUCAUUCUUUCUUUUUUCCUAGCAUGGCUAAUGUGCCCUACAUCAUGACCAGAAAUUCAGCAGGUUUGACUUUUCCUACUAUACAGGUGCAGUCAUAAGAAACCAUCAUAUUUCUCUCUGUCAUAUCACACUUACAUUGUUUGUUUGUAUGCUCUCCAUACUGAUUCUUGCCAAAUGGCCUCAAGGCAGCACUAAAAUACAAUAAAAACAAGAAGAAGAAACUGGAAACAAAAGCAGCAGAUAAAUAGAGCUGAACUCCUUUGGGAGGAAGGGCAGGAUAUAAUUUUAAUAAAUAAAUAAGUAGCCCAAAUGAAAACAGUAUAAAAGAACCUUCAGUGCCAUUGAAGUUCAUUUAAGGGUUAAAGGAAGAGGAUAUGUUUUUUACUUGUGCAUAAAAGACAGUAAAAAAAGCACCAAGUGAACACGUCUAGGGGAGGAAGUGUUCGGUAAUUUGAGCAUCACCACUGAAAAAAGUCUUCUCUGUGGUAGCAACCCAGUUUACCCACAAGAGUAGACAAACCUCAAGAAGAAUCUCUGAAACAAAUAGAUGGGCAGGUCCAUGUGGGAAGGCAGUCCUUCGGAUAACCCUCUAUCAAUACCUUUUGUGGGUUUAAAGACCAAAACCAGCACUUUGAAUUGACCCUGGAAAUAGAGAAGCAGUGAAAAUGUUUUACACUGGAGUGAUUUGCGUGUCGAGGUCCCCAAGACACCACCCCAAUAAAAUACAAGUUAAACAUUAUUUUUUUUUAAGGUUUUUGGCAUAAUUUUGGCCACAACUUUAUUAAAUUACAAGCAAUGUAAUUUGAAGUAACCUGCCAAUAACCCUCUUUCCCUCUCUCUGGUCGUUUACUUUCAGAGCAGGUGAAAAGGGAGAGGUGCUGGAUUGCAUGCAUGCUGGGUGUAUGUGUAUGUAAGGUGGGGGGGUAUGGUCUGUAUGUGUGGUGGAUGCAGUGAGCAUGUGCAAGAACAACAAAUUGUGUUCAGUGGCUACUUUGGCUAUGUUCACUGCUGGCAUGUGAAUAUCAUAGGACUGACCAAAUUUGAAUGUGGCUCUCUGGCCAAAAAGUUAGUAGCUUCUUGGUUAAGGCAAUUGUUAAGUUGCAUUUUAUGUAGUAAGGUAAAGGUAAAAGGACCCCUGACCAUUAGGUCUAGUCGUGGCCGACUCUCGAGUUGCGGCGCUCAUCUCACUCUAUUGGCUGAGGGAGCCGGUGUACAGCUUCCGGGUCAUGUGGCCAGCAUGACUAAGCCGCUUCUGGCGAACCAAAGCAGUGCAUGGAAACGCCGUUUACCUUCCCGCCGGAGCGGUACCUAUUUAUCUACUUGCACUUUGACAUGCUUUCGAACUGCUAGGUUGGCAGGAGCAGGGACCGAGCAAUGGGAGCUCACCCUGUUGCGGGGAUUCGAACUGCCGACCUUCUGAUCGGCAAGUCCUAGGCUCUGUGGUUUAACCCACAGUGCCACCCGCGUCCCAUUUUAUGUAGUAGGCAACAAAUAAAUGCAAUCAAUAAUAGAAUAAAAUGCAAAAAGACCAGCUGGCAGCCUGUGAAGGUUAUUUGCUUGCUGCUACUCCUCUGGAAGCCCAAAAUGUUUUAUGGGUGUGCAGAAUGAUAACCCUUUCCUAGAUCUCUCAUAUGGAACACAGAGCGGGUACUGAAAAUUCACUGGAACAAAUUUGGGGAUUCCUCCAUGGAUGAAAGACCUGAGGGAAAGUGUUUUCAUUUGAGAUAUGCAAAUUAGAUGAAACAUACUCUCAGGUACAAGAAAUAACAAAUCAGUUAAACUAUCAACAAAGCAAAUCGUAUGCAUUUCAAGCUGCACUCUUCAGGAAUACUUAAAUAGAUGUAUAAAUAAAUGCAGUGCUUGCUCCGCUGAUUCUGUUAAUGAAUGCUACUUUUAAUGUAUUGAUUCGGGGUUUUAUAUUAUAUUUCUCUUUCCUUUCUAAGUAGCUUGAUUAUUUAUUUGAAUUGGAGAAAGGGAUAGAAGUAUUAAAAUGAUAACUACACAUUAUAUUAAGUACAUGAUUUAACUGGACAUUGUGUUUGUUUAACAAAAGCAGUUGUGAUUUGGCUUAGGACUGUAGUACACAGGGAGAUGAGAUUUAACCCCUUUCAUCCUUGCAGCAUUAUCCUGCAAAAAUAUAACCACAUAACAGAUUAGAAUGGGUAUCCCUCCAGAUCAUAUUAUUCUGUAUAAAUAUUGUGUAAUAUAUUAUUUAAGGUAUGCUUAAACAGACAUGCAUGCUGCUAAAAUGUGAGCGUUCUUGCAUAUAAUUUUUUGGGAUGCAUUAGCUUUUUGAGACAUACAUUGCCCUCUAGAUCUCCAUGCAAGUAACUGAGAAAUCCUUUUUAUUUGCUUGAUUUCUUUUAGCUGUACUGGAAAUGUUGAACCUUGGGCAGCAUGUUGCCACCCAACUAACAAAGGGAAAGCAAUUUCAUUUCCUGGCUAGCUAUCUGGUUUCUAAAGAGACAGCAGAGUGAUUUUUUUUUCCAGCUUCCAGUUUCAGCUAAAUAUCUUCAUUUUUCUGCUUUCCAUUCAAAGCUGGGAACAUUUUUAAUUAUAUCCGGCACUAAUCACUGUCAACAGAGUAUCUCCAAGUGAAUAAAGCAGGUGCAUGUCUUUUCAGAAGAAGAAAAAGUUAUUAUAAACCACUUCUGAAUUAAAAACUUCCUUUUGAAUACAUUUACAUUUUUCCCCUUUAGUCUUAAUCAUUAUUUCUGUAUUGAUCUGUACUAUGCAAACAAAUUUAAGCCACUUACGCCUAUUUCAAUCCUGAAUGUAAAAAUGCCGGAAAUAGUUUCUUGCAAAUAUUAUAUAGGAAUGCCAUUCUUCCCUUAUAUUUGGUAACAGAAGCUGCUACCAAAUAGCUGUUCCCUAUGGGUCAAAUUACAUAUGACAUUUAAUCAUGUGAAAGCUGUCCCUGAGGUUUAUGGUUCUUUGCUGAAGUCUAUGUCAGACAUUCAAAUGGGAAGAAGGAGUGCUUAUCUCUCUCGCUUUUUCUUCUCAAAAUUCCACCCACUCCUUUUUUUGCCUGGGGUGGGGAGCAAUAUCAUAUGAAUAACUGACUAAGCAUCAUAUAUAAUUUGAGGGGUUUUCUUUCGUUUUUUAACCGAGUAACUGACCACUGCAUCAAUUGAAGAAUAUAAAUUGGUGACUGGGGGCGGCCGCCGAGACCACAUAACACCGGUCUUGAAAGACCUACAUUAGCUCCCAGUACGUUUCCGAGCACAAUUCAAAGUGUUGGUGUUGACCUUUAAAGCCCUAAAUGGCCUCGGCCCAGUAUACCUGAAGGAGCGUAUCCACGCCCAUUGUUCUGCCCAGAUGCUGAGGUCCAGUGCCGAGGGCCUUCUGGCAGUUCCCUCAUUGCAAGAAGCAAAGCUACAGGGAACCAGGCAGAGGUUGGUAGUGGCGCCCGCCCUGUGGAACGCCCUCCCAUCAGAUGUCAAAGAUAUAAACAACUACCUGACAUUCAGAAGACAUCUGAAGGCAGCCCUGUUCAGGGAAGUUUUUAAUGUGUGACAUCUUAGUGUAUUUUUGGUCUUUGUGGAAGCCGCCCACAGUGGAUGGGGAAACCCAGACAGAUGGGCAGGGUACAAAUAAUAAAUUAUUAUUAUUAUUAUUAUUAAGCAUUAUAGUUAUUUAUUGCAAGUUAGCUCAGACUAAGAAUCCUAGUAACCUCUAGUCCGGAAAAUAAUUGCUGGGUAUAGGAGACAACAGAGGGAAACUAACAUUUAUGUUUGUAAGGGAGACAAGUUCAUUGCAUGUUGACGUCAUGUUGUUCAAGACCAUGUUUAUUGCUUGUCUGGUGCACUUUAUUGAAAGAUACUAACAAGGAUGGGGAACCUUUUUCAGCCCGAAGGCCACAUUGCCUUCUGGGUAUUGUUCUGGGGGCUACAUGAGAAUACACCAAGAAACCUGACCUGAAGAAACCUGAAGAUUCCACCUAAACAUUAGGAAGAACUUCCUGACAGCAAGAGCUGUUUGACAGUGGAAUUUGCUGCCAAGGAGUGUGGUGGAGUCUCCUUCUUUGGAGGUCUUUAAGCAGAGGCUUGACAACCAUAUGUCAGGAGUGCUCUGAUGGUGUUUCCUGCUUGGCAGGGGGUUGGACUUGAUGGCCCUUGUGGUCUCUUCCAACUCUAUGAUUCUAUGAUUCUGUUCUAUUCUAUGAUUCUAUGACCUUGAGCAUAGAUUUAUUCCAUUCAGCUUUCAGUUCUCAACUUGGGUUCCAGGGAGCAGAGUCUCUGCUUCUUUCUGAAUACUGUAUCUGUUUUAAGAAAUUCCUGUUUCGGAUAUCAGUCCACAACAAAGGAAGGGUGAAAUAUGUGUGCGAAUAAACCAAUAACAAUAACAAAUAAUUCCACCCUCAUUCUAUCAUAGUCCUGGUUACCCAGUUCUGUUCUUCCAUGAAAAUGUCGAUGAAUCACAAAUUUGUUUUGACACAUCUGUUUAAUACAAUACCUCCCUGAAAACUGGAAUAGGGUUGCUCGAUGUGAUAACUGCUGAUGUCAGCUACUUUCCAUACAUUUUGUUUGUUUGUGUGUGUGUUGGAGGGGGGUCAUUUUAUAGGCAGAUAGAACAACAUCCUUUAAAAAUGCAAAUCUAAUGCAACUAUUUUGAAGUGUGUUUAUAUUUCAAUGAGGUUUUUUUAAGCAUAUAUUGUGAAUUCCAGAAGAAUGGUUUCAAACAAGGCAGAUUCCACUUAUUGUACAGCAUUUUAAUAGUUUUACUGGAACGUAGCCCAAAGUAAAAACUUGAGGACUGUUUCUAAUUGGUUGGCAGAAAGUUGCUAAGACAAGCUUUGGCUUUAUGAAUCCAAACACAAAGUUGGUGCUGAUCCAAUUCCUAUUUUAAAUUCCCCCUCUUUCUCUCUCUCUCACGCACAUACACAUAUUGCUAUUUCUUAUUUAAUUUCUUAUCAAAAUAAUCCUUGAAAAAGUGCUAGAUGUGUUUGCAAUCCUAGAUCAUUUACAGAUGUUCGGAUCUUAUUACAUUUUCCCUUUGACAAUUGUACAGCUCAGCUUCAUUCUUCUCAGUUCCUAGAAAGCUUUAAGUUUCGUGGUACUUUAUCCUGCCCCAGCUCAAUUUUUCUGCCAAGCUGUUUACAUUUUGAUUUGAGAUGAUCGGGUAGUUCACUGUGUAAAUAUGAAAGCAGCACUAGUCACCAUCACCCUUUGCCUGAAAUUGCCUUUCAGCAAUGCUCUACUGCCACCUAGAAGUCAAAUGUUAGACUGCACCUUAAUUCCAUACUAUGCAACUUCAUUUCCCAAGGCUGUGUACUUGACAAAAUCACCUAUGCCAACAAUAGUUUUCACUGACUGUAUCUGUCUGAAGACAACGAAUACACUAGCAUUGACAGUAUUCUGAUUUAUGCUAGAUAUUGAUUUCAUCAGUUUGGUAGCUAAUUCAACAAAUUAUUUGCCUUAUUCGGGUAGUUGCACAACUGAAGAGGAAGAGCAAUGUAGUGCAAAUAAAUCCUUGACAUAAUGCACUGUUUUGAGAGAAUGUUCUGAAAACCACCUGGUUGACAACUGACUUCCCAUUUUAACAAAACCCUGUCACCAUAGGCAAUAGCCCUCUUCUCCCUUCAAGGCACAGUCAGUGUGCACUGUUGGCCCAACUGUGAUGCACUGUUCAGUGUCUGUGGCUUUCUUCCCUUCAUCUCUCGCCAAGCCACUGUCUCCAACUGUCUCAAACGAUUGUUGACUCCCCUAUAGCAGCAGCAAGCCAGGCUCUCUAGGAAGAAACAUUCACAUAAGCACUUAUCAUCUUGAAACGGAAUCCUUUCUUGGAAUCCAGAGUUGUCUUUUUGAGGGUACAGCAAUUGUAUUUAACAAAAUGCAAUUUUUCAAGUGCUCCUUGGAGCAUUAGUAGGAUGGUCUUUAAUUAUACAUUAUCAGCUUUAAAACUCUGGGGCACAAUCCAACCAGAGUCCCAUUUAUAUCUCGCAUUGGUUUAUAUCACAUAGGCUUGACCAUGCAUUUAGCUUUCCCAUUGAAUGCAAUGGAGAUUACAUGCUUAACUUGGACUGGAUCGUGCCCUUAUCAUCCACCCUUUUUCAAUAAAGUUUAAGUAAAUGCUGUUUCACAUUGAUUGGCAGACCACCACAAUGCUUCAUCACAAAUUGCUUUUGAAUCUCACUUUCUCAGUUUUAAAAAAACCGUUUUCCAUGUGGCAGGCAGGUGCUACUGCCUGGUAAUGUUAAAGCUGUGGACAGAGGCCAUGAUUGCAGCUAUGAUACAUUCACACUAAUAGUUUCCUGCUUGUUUGUAAUGGUCAGUGUCCCUCUGGUGGGUAGGCAUCAUCCAUCACUAGUGGUGGUUGAAUGUUUUGUUACCUCUACAAUAUCAAAAAUCAUUUAUAGAAUCUCAGUGGCAAUAGCAGUAAAAGCUAUGCACUUCAGAAUAGCUACUGCUAAUCCUUGAGUCAGAAAUUGCUGAUCAUUUCCUUUUUAAAUGCAGCAUAUUUCUUUAUUUGAUGAAGUGUGUACUUCAGAAUAGUGGUAAACAGUAAAAUGAGGAGCAGUCCGUUGUUUAAUCCACACUGAAGGAUGAUGAGAAGUAAAACGCUUUGCUGAGAGUGUUUGUCUUCAAAUACAUGUUAUGUAUUGCCACAUUUUCAGUAAUAAUAAUAAUAAUUCGUACCCCACCCAUCUGACUGGGUUACCCCAACAGCUUAAUUUGUGUAAAUGGUAAUGGUAAAGGACCUCUGAACAAUUAAGUCCAGUCAACGGCGACUUUGGGAUGCGGCACUGAUCUUCUUUCAGGCCGAGGGAGCUGGCGUUUGUCUACAGACAGCUUUCUGGGUCAUGUGGCCAGCAUGACUAAAUCACUUCUGGCACAACGGAGCACCGUGUCAAAAGCCAGAGCGCAUGGAAAGGCCGUUUACCUUCCAGGUGCAGUGGUACCUAUUUAUCUACUCGCACUGGUAUGCUUUGGAACUGCUAGGUUGGAAUGAGGUGGGACAGAGCAACGUGAGCAUAGCCUGUUGUGCAGAUUCAAACUGCCAACCUUGCGAUCAGGAAGCCCAGGAGGCUCAGUGGUUUAGACCACAGCACCACCUGUGUCCCCAUUUGUGUAGUUUUUAUAGUCAGGGCAUCCAGGUCAGUUUGGACUUCUAGACCGGGUCCUAGAUUUCUGAUUGUUAGAAGUUUUGGGUGAAAACAUUUUUGUUAUUGGUUAUGAUAUCCUCAUCCAUUAAAUUGCUAGACAGAGAGUACAAAGAUAUUUUUUUUAAAAAAAAGACUGGCUAUGACGACAGACUUAAAGUGUAAUUAAAGACAGGACACACUGGAGGCAAAUGAAGCAAGGGAAAGGGACUUUUCAUCUUGUCAGAAUUCUGUUACUAAAAUUUAGAAAUAUGAACCCAAUUAGGGCUAAAAAGAUUUUUGAAAUGGAAAACGAUUUAAAAAUUAAAAAUUUUAAUAAUGUUAACAGUUGAAAUAUUCUUCCAUUUUUUUCAAGUAAAAAACUUUCUUAUGUGCUCUACCAAGACAUAUAAUCCUGUUAAUCAGAGCAUUUAAAACUUAAUCUCAAAAGGCCAUAUGCUGCAGAGGACCCAGUGAUUUAUGUCUGUACACUCUGGCCUGAAAUAAAAACCAGCAGUGCUAAAUACUGUAGUGUUAUCUUCUGACAAAUGACUGCGGUUUUGACUUCUUCAGAUAAGAGGGCUGAGUUGGGAGAAGGGAGACUGUUGCUGUAUACAUUUAUUCUACCUCAAAAGUUCAAAGGUCAUUAAUUAUGCUGCCUCAGCUCAAAGAAGCAGCUCCUCCCAUCACAAGAAUUUGAGUGGCUGUGUUUAUACCACCACAUGGAAGUCCCAGUUCACACACCUGACAGUACCAGCUGGUUCAUAUGCUCAUGCAAUAGUUGUGCGUGUGAAGCCCAAGAUGUUUUGAGAGUCAACGGGUCUUUUCCUGAUCUGGCCUAUGUAAUAGCCCCAGUGAGAAGAAUCAAAUGUUAUUUUUCACCCUAUCACAUCAGAACUAUCAGCACAUCCCGCUGAGUUUUCAGCUGGAGUCCACUUCUCUCUGGCAAGCUUGACAGUAAGCUUUCAUAAGUGCUGCUAUUACCAUUACCACAUGGCUUAGAUCAGGCAUAGGCAAACUCGGCCCUCCAGGUGUUUUGGGAUUACAACUCCCAUCAUCCCUAGGUAACAGGACCAGUGGUGAGGGAUCAUGGGAGUUGUAGCCCCAAGACAUCUGGAGGGCCGAGUUUGCCUAUGCCUGGCUUAGACUAUUCUCCCAAAUCCAGUCAGCUCCAGUGCUGCUGACUCUUACUCCAGACCAAGUAGCUAGUUCCUGGCUACUCUACACAUGUAAUCAGAAAUCAGUACAGUGGUGCCUCGCAAGACGAAAUUAAUCCGUUCCGCGAGUCUCUUCGUCUUGCGGUUUUUUCGUCUUGCGAAGCACGGCUAUUAGCGGCUUAGCGGCUAUUAGCGGCUUAGCGGCUAUUAACGGCUUAGCGGCUAUUAGCGGCUUAGCGGCUAUUAACAGCUUAGCGGCUUUAAGAAAAAGGAAACAAAUUCGCAAGAACUCGCAAGACGUUUCGUCUUGCGAAGCAAGCCCAUAGGGAAAUUCGUCUUGCGGAACAACUCAAAAAACGGAAAACUCUUUCAUCUAGCGAGUUUUUCGUCUUGCGAGGCAUUUGUCUUGCGGGACACCACUGUACCAUUAAGAUAAUUGUGUGUUCAUAGGAUAAUUGUGUUCAUAUGUUAGCUUAGGUUUCUAAUCCUGGCUACAGAAUAGAACAUGAAAAACAUGGUCACCAUGAUUCUCAAUAACAAAGGGUGUAAGUCGGGUGCAGUUCCUUGAUAAGAACUUCUCACAGUUUUUAAACAAGAUAUUAGCAGUGGGGUAGGGAUUGGAUUGGCCCAUUGUAAUGGUUUAGCCCUCCCCAUGUCAUUUUCCUGAUACCGUAUUUUUCGCUCUAUAAGACGCACUUUUCCCCUCCAACAAAGUAAGGGGAAAUGUGUGUGCGUCUUAUGGAGCGAAUGCAGGCUCCAUGGCUUCAGGGAUAGCUGCCCGAAGCCUCUGGAGCGCAGAGGGAGAUUGUUAGAGGAUCACUAUGCCUCAGUUUGCAUAUUGUUUUGGAAAGUGCAGAUUUGAUAGAUUCAGCUUUAAAUGUGUACUGAAUCAAAUUUCUUCUCCGACUAUAGUAGAAGCCUAAAUAUUAUAGUUAAACACCUUCCUAAUUUCCACUUUUUUCUCUUCCCCCCCGCCCCUCACCCUUUCAGCGUGGAAACAGUAAAUGAUGGGCAGUUUCAUAGUGUGGAGUUGGUAAUGUUGAACCAAACACUGAAUUUGGUUGUGGAUAAAGGAGCUCCCAAGAGUCUUGGCAAAAUGCAGAAACAGCCUGUAGUUGACGAAGAUACUCCACUCUACAUUGGAGGUAAGUUCAGUUUUUGACAGUUACUGAGAAUCAAACCAGAUGUAACAAUGGAAGAGCCACAAUUGCAUAUAUUUUUUUCUAAAUGAUAGAUGCAACUGAAGGGAACAAUUUGAAUCAGGGCUGAAGUGCUGGGGGGAAUUAUUUUUCCAGUUCAAAUUACCUUGCCAGAACAGGUAUUUUUCCCAUAAGGAAAAGUAUAGUUCCAGGGGGACAAUUCAGAUUUGGAAAAUGGCAGAGGCAAAAGGGUUAAAACUCCUUCUUUGUGCCACAGUCCCUAUCCUAAUCAACCUUUCACCCCAACUGGCAGCUUCAUUUAUCUUUUUUUUUUUAAAAAAAAGAAAUAAAUAAAUGCAAAAAUCUGUUCCUGGGGGUACUUGUCUAAUAUUCCUUGGGAGGGAGCUCCACAAGCUGAGCUGAGCACUGUUUUGAACCUGGGCCACAGUGUCCAAACCUAUUAGUUUAACCAUUGUAAUUUGUUUUGUUUGUACAUAAGGUAUUUAUGUAUAUUUGAAAAUCCAGUAUGACUUAUACUUUGGAAUUAGAUACAAAACAAUCAUGCUUAAGAAAUGAUGGAACAGGAGAGGCGUAAACCGGAAUAUAAUGUACAUUGCAAACUACUACUAUUCACUUACCUAAUUCCCCAGUGUGACCAUCCCAUUUCAUUGACACAUAUUUCUCAGAAUACCUUGAAGAUGCUGAAGUAUUCCCUAAAGUGUUUUGCUAUGUUCCUUGCAGGCAUCCCUACAUCCACAGGGCUUUCUUCGCUGCGGCAGGGCACAGAGAGGACAACCAGCGGUUUCCACGGGUGCAUUCAUGAUGUCCGCAUUAAUAAUGAACUGCAAGAUUUCAAAGAUCUACCACAUCAGUCAGUAGGGGUCCUUCCUGGUUGCAAGUCCUGUAACAUUUGCAAACAUGGCAUCUGUCGCUCUAUUGAGAAGACAAGUGUUGUCUGCGAGUGUCAUCCAGGCUGGACUGGAUCACUCUGUGACCAAGAAGUUAAAGAUCCCUGCCACAACAGCAAGUAAGGGUGCUUCCAGACUUUUGCUAUUUUCAGGUGGGAUUCAAUCACAUAUAAGCAAAUCCAGGUUGCGUAAUUAAGGUUGAUUUAGCACUAUUUCGCAACAAACCUCCUAAAAUAGGGUUUUUUUGCAAUAGGGAAAGGAGCAGGGAGAUGCACUAAGAAAACAUUUUCCUCUCAUGUAAAAAUCAGAAUGAAUGAAUCAGAAUGAAAUAUCUGACAUUGUCUGGUCUCUAGACAAUGCAUACAAACCAGGGAAAAUGAUUGAUAAAUAGGUUGCCUGGAAGUAACCUAAGUUUUCCUCUGUGUUGAAUGGAAAACAGGGCAGGGGAAUGGGAUAUUUAUGCACCAGUCAACAAACAUGCUGAGAAAAUGUGUGGGAGCCUGCGCCUGUCUCCCCCUCCCACCCCACAAUGGUAUGUUUUAUGGAGAGCGAGUUAAAUUUCAGAUUAUUUCUCAUCUGUAUAUUUAGAACUGUGGAUUUAAAAUAUGAGUCACGAAAACAACUACCGUUCUUUCUGGUUUCUAAAUCUCCAUAGAAUCUCCUUGUGCUUGCUGUGGACUAAGUGCUACUCAUACAUGCAUGUUUUUCGCAACCAGCUCACAAUGCCAGCUCAUAUUUUUCCCAUUUAAUCUGGAUUAAUCCUUUCCAUGAAAAAACCAAUAAGUUAAAAAAAAAAGAAUGCCAAAGACUCAUUUGUGAUAUCAAGCCUCAUCUGUAAGCCACAGAAUCUACACUUUGGGGAUGUUGACAUUUAUUGUACAGCAUUUAUCUGAGGCUUUUAUGCACCACUUUUCACCAUCUGAUGAUGGUGCAGUUUCUAUAUAGAAAAGCAUCACAGAAUAAAACAUCAAAACUUACAAUUAAACCGUUCAUAAAAAUCAACCUACGAUUUCAUUCCAUUUCUGGAAGCUCUUUGUUCAGCUUGUGGUAGACACAAAUUAGCUUUCUCUCUUUUUCUUCUUUCCUCCAAGAUGCCUCCAUGGUAAAUGCAUAGCCACCACCUCUGCUUACACAUGUAAGUGUGUAGAAGGUUACAUGGGCAUGUAUUGCGACAGAAAGAACGAGUCCUCCAACGCCUGUAGAGGUCUGAAAUGUAGCCAUGGGCAGUGUAAGAUCUCAGCACAUGGGGAGCCUUCUUGUGAAUGUGAUCCAAAUUACAGUGGAGAGCGCUGUGAUAGAGGUUGGUAUAAUUGCAAAUUGUGUGCUAUUGUGCUUUGCCCUUACCUGUUUUGUUCAUUAACAAAUGAGUAUAAGUGAAAAGAGUUCUGCAGAUUUUCCUCUAUUCCAGAGUCGAUUACCAUGUUAAUACUGUAUUUCACAUAGUGAGAUGGCAAACUUUAAAAAAAGAUGAAACACAUCUUGGGUGGUUUGACUGAUAGCAACUUGCUUUCUAGGGUCCACUUAGCACCAACACUAGGAUCCGUUUCUUUCAUACAUUUAAAUGUAUGAACAUAUGAUCAAAUAGCAGGCACAUGAAGAAUCUGUGGGAGUGUUCUCAUCUCUCCCAGCCAACCUAUGCCACUCAGUGCAUCUCCAAGCUAUCACUGUCUUGAAAGCUCUGGAAGGCCAGAGGUUAUCUGCUCCUGGUCGAUACUGACUGCCAGCACCUCUCCAUGGUUUCAGAUAGGGGCCUUUCCCAGGCCUACCUGGAGUUGGGAUGCUAGGAAUUAAAUCUGGGAACUUUUGCAUGGAAAGUAUGUGGACUACCAUUGAUCUAUGACUCCUCCCUAAACAUGUGUCCAAUCACUGAGAAGAAAACAUAUUAUCAACUCAUGACUAGGAUGGGCGGUCUGCAAAGUUCAUCAGCAAAUUCUUUUUCUCAGUUUGUUGCAAUUUGGUAAAGAUUUUAAUGAAGAAAAUAAUUUACUGUAGCCAGGAAAUAAACAGGAAGAACCUCCGGCAUGCAGCUAGUAGUAGCGUUCUACCUAAAAGAUAGCAACAUAGCUCUCCUACAUGCCUUCUGUCCCAAAGAACUAGUUGGAUAAGUCCCAAUAAUGCCAAUAAGUACACAUGGUUCAAUGCAUGAUUAAUCCAACUAAAAUAGUCAUCUGGUCUCUUAAAAUAUAGGAGCUAAAGUUAAGAUAGUCCUGCACAGAAAAAGGGAAGAGGCACUGAUACAAAACCCACCCACCUAUGGGAUAUGAGAUGGGGUAUGAUUCUGGUUCUUCUGUGCUAGCAGCUUCUAUGCAGGGCAGGAAAUGGGUGGUAUGUUCAGAAGACCUCCCACCCCCCAAGUACUGUUGCUUACCUGUAUGAGAUACUUGGUUCUUAUAUCCCGCGUCACAGCAAUGAACCUGAGAUUUCUGUUGGGUACUUUUAUCUGGACCCACAGUUCCCUGGUGGAUAAUGUACACAUGGACACAAGUAUUUAGGUUUAUGGGUUCAAAUAGGCCACAACUUGAUCCCGCGAAGGGUGAGAGAGGAGCGCUCCCUGGCCACGCUGCGGUUUAAAUUACCUGCAGCCACGCCUCCCGCCAGUGCUGAUUGGUCAGCAGGGCCACCCCUGGGUGGUGCCCUGCCCAGUGACGCAGCCCAGGUGGCAGCAAGUGGGGCAUCAAUCUCCACCCCCCGCCGGAUCACUGCAGGGGGCUGCAACGCUACCCACCAGAAAAGGCGAAUGGACUUGCUGCAUAUUGGGCUGUGAUUUGAUGCAGAAUCCCAUCUUCUACUGUGUCAAUGUGUGGAAUUCAAAGCAGUGUUGUGGAAACUACUGUCAUAGAUAUAUAGAACCAGCAUAUCUUCAAAAUAUUCUGGUAUUAAGUGCACUUUGUAGCAAUCUGAUCUCGGCAUAAGCCAAGGAUAGGGUUGUGGUUUGGAUUCAUGUUCUGGAUGUUCAAAUAAAUGAUAAGAUUUCUGAAAGCAUGUGUUUGUUUGUUCUAGCAGAGAAUCAGUGCCAAGGAGAGAUUAUCCGCGAAUUCAUUCGGAAGCAACAAGGUUCGAUUGCAUGCGUCUCCCUGGUCAAAGUGCCUCGUGUGGAAUGCCAUGGCACUUGUGGGAAUGAUCAGUGCUGCAUUGCCCUCAGGAGCAAAAGGCGGAAAUAUGGCUUCCAGUGUGUGGAUGGCUCCUCCUUCACAGAAGAGCUAGAGAGGCAUGUGGAAUGUGGCUGCGCAAAGUGUUUAUAA